CUCAAAAAAUCCAACGACCUCCCGCUUCAUAAUCUCAACCUCAUUUCUCUCUCCUCAAUUUUUGAAAAUCCUUAAUCAGUCACACCGAUCAAAUGUCUGGUUACCCCCACAACCCUCCCGGCUACGGCUAUGGCCAGCCCUACGGCGCCCCACCACCUCAAUCAUCUCAGCCUUACGGCGCUCCACCACCACAAUCAGCUCAACCCUACGGCGCUCCACCACCACAAUCAGCUCAACCUUAUGGCGCUCCCCCACCUCAAUCAGCUCAACCCUACGGCUCCGGCUCCCAUUCCCAUCAACCACCACAUUCAGCUCAACCCUACGGUGCCGCUCCUUCCUACGGUUCCACCCCCUCGGCUCCCCCAGCUUACGGGUCCAAACCUGAUAAGCCCCCAAAAGACAACCACUCAUCAUCAUACGGGUCCCCUUCUCCACCCAUCUCGGGAUACCCCACACCUUCUUAUGGCCCCGGUCCGGGACAUGGGUCAGGGGCUUACCCUCCUUCUUCGGGUUCCAGCCCAUUCGCGUCACUGCUGCCGUCGACCUUCCCGCCGGGUACUGACCCAAACGUGGUAGGUUGCUUUCAGGUUGCGGAUCAAGAUGGGAGCGGGUUGAUUGAUGAUAAAGAGCUUCAGAGGGCUUUGUCUUCUUACAAUCAGAGUUUCAGCCUUCGUACAGUUCAUCUUCUUAUGUAUCUAUUCACUAGCUCCAAUUCUCGCAGAAUUGGUCCUAAGGAGUUCACUACUUUGUUCUACAGUCUUCAAUCCUGGAGGGAAAUUUUUGAGAGAUAUGAUAGGGACAGGAGUGGCAAGAUAGAUGCUUCGGAGCUGCGUGACGCAUUGUAUGGUCUGGGAUUUUCUGUUUCUCCUGUAAUAUUGGAUUUACUUGUCUCUAAAUUUGAUAAGACAGGGGGAAAGAGCAAGGCCAUUGAAUAUGAUAACUUCAUUGAAUGCUGUCUCACUGUAAAGGGUCUUACUGAGAAGUUUAAGGACAAGGACAAGAGUUACACCGGCUCAGCAACAUUUAACUAUGAGGACUUCAUGCUUACCGUUCUACCCUUUCUAGUUGCAUAAGGUUUAAGGAGAAGAUGAUCAGUGGUUCCUUUUCUGGUUGUAGAUGCUUUAACGCUUCAAUCCAGUGGUUUGGUGCUGUGAGAUACAUAACUCUAUUAUCAGACUUGUGUUUAUGUAAUAAAUAGGAUGCGGGUGUUUAACUACAGUUCAGUACAUAUACACACUUUGUUAAUUAGAUGUGUGUGCUUUCAUAAUCAGAAGAAUAGUUUCUUUAAUUUAGGUUGGUUACUUGUUCUGCUUUGCCGCGAGCUCGAUACACUGUAGUCUUGCUUUAAAUCACUUAUAGCUGUUGGGAUUCUUUUCAGGCGGUUUUAAAUAAAUAUUUGUAAUUUUUCUUUGAUGCA